AUGAGAGAACAGGCUACACAGAAGUUGUCAAAGGCAUACCACCUUGAUGAGAUUGCAUGUAGUGUUGCUACCAUGCAAUCUGCUUCGACGCUUGAGGAUGUGGCGCAAUUGGUUCUACAAAGAAAUCCACUGGAUGCUGAUGCCAAAUACGUCCAUUUUUUCCAUGAAAAGAUCCCUUCUCGACAACUUGCUGAAUGUACUAGUCUUGAGCCGCUUGACCAAGUCAUUGCAGAGAGACCCAACGAGCCUGAGAUCCUGAGAACUCGAGCCGUUACCAAGAUCUUCAAGGAUGAUUUUGUAGGCGCAGCGCAAGACCUUACGGCGGCCUUACAAGUAUGUAGAUACUACCAGAACCAGCAUAAAGCUGGACGUCAACAGCUUCAAUUGGCGAGCGAGGUAGCGGCCGAGGCACAGCGCAAUAGCAGGUGGAAAGAAGAGAUCAAGUUGGACGAGGAUGAUCAUCCAAGCAGUCUCGAGACUCAACUUCUGUUUCACCGAGCUGGCGUGUAUUUAACCAUUGCAUGUCAGCAUGUCAGCGAAGCACUUCCUCCAAGAGCAGCCAGAAAUGGCACCAACGGUGUUAAGGCUAGCCAAGCUAAUGGUAAUGCCAAACCAGCAGAGGCACCUGAGAUGACCCCAGCAGAAAAAGAGGCACAUCGGAAGCGUCUUGAUGCUCGUAAGAUUGUCAAGACCAAUGCCAAGAGAGCCUUGAGAGACUAUGUCUCCUAUUUAUCACAUUUCGAUUAUACCCCAGGUCUUCCAGCCGAAAUCACUGAAGAGUUUAUUCGAAAGGUAAAUCAAGAUACGAAUGGCUUCAAGAUUCCUCAGCAUCAGAAUCACAGUAGACUUGAUUUGGAGAGCAAUUCAUCUUUGAGUAAUGGUCAGCUAUCGGAUGCGCUUGUGCCUCACAAUGGACACAGCAAUCGCAGUCGACAACAAUCCAGUCCUAACCGGUCCGAGUAUCCAUCACUGCCUGCACCGGUUGUGCAUCAAAUCUCGGCGUUGUUUUCAGCAACACCUCCGCCAGAUCUUCCGCCAUAUCCUGAGACAGCUACAGCACUUACCACCAAGCAACAGUUGCAAGCCACUCAGAACGAAGCAGCUAAAGCAAUUCUUGCACAAACAGAUUGCCACGAGGCAUUGACAUAUCAUCCACUUCUGACAGAUGCUCUUCAUUCUUUGCUCCUUUGCCACUGUCUCGUACAGACUUCAGCUCGUGAGCUUCAACGUCACGCUCAUAUGGUAGCUCGCCUAGCACGAGUUUGUGAUGGCUACCCCAUCUUUCAAGCAGCUCGCUCUCCUAGCCGUGCUGAUUGGAUAGAAGUAGUACGCCGUAGUGAUAAUUGGAUACAGCUCCAGCAAUCUUGGGAAUCACUCUGUGCCCCCGCACCCCUUCCAGGUCAGACCCCUCAAAAUCAACAAAAGGAGACACCAGCGGAGAAGAAGGAACGGCUGAAGCAGCAAGCCAUCAUGGAGGCUCUGGAAGACGACAGAGUCCACGAUGAGGCGAGUUUCCACGCCGCAGUCGCCGCAAGACAGCGCCGACAGGAAGAAGAAGCCCGUAAGGCCGAAGGGAGAGAGCUGCCGAAGCGCUGGGCUCAGGAGGAUGGGAAGGAAUAUCCUAUCAGUACUGACCGCGCUCAAGCAAUCGUCCGCUGGAUCAGAGAGGCUCCACUUGGUAGCGAAGCAGGUGGUACUCGCAAGAAGAAGAAGAAUGCGAAGUCGUCCGCCAAAGGCAAGUCUAAUGCUAGUCUCGAGGACUCUAUUGCUGACUUGAAUGUCGCUGAUGCUGAGGAGUCUGAGCCGGUGGAAGAGGAAGUGGAGUGA